UUUUAUAUAUUUUCAGAAUAAAAAUGCCGCCAUCUCGGGGCGUAGAUAGGCUUGAGAUUCAGGCAGCUAAUCAUAUUGCUAGGAUACUGCUUGACUGCCUAGUUAGACUUGAAGAAUCUCAGUUUAUCAAAGAACAGGAGAUGUUUCAAAACCCGAGCUUAGAGGCAACAAUGGAAGGAAGUAAUGAAUUGAGAUUAAAGGAAAAUGUGGAAGAAUUUAACAGAUUAUUGUUGUCCCUGGAGUCCCAGUUGAGUGGUAUACCUGGAGUACUCCUUAACCCAGUUCACUCCUCCCUCCUAGCGGAGUAUAUUCGUAGGUUCAACAUACUGCCAGAAGGACAGGGUGUGUGGGUUCUUACUCAAGGAGCUAAAGCUGAAUCCGUCCUACGAACAAUGCAGGCAGAGUUCGGGUAUGAGAACAGUUUAAAGCUAGGACGGAUAGAUAUCCCGUCCUUGAGAUCCGUCCUUCCACUCGUCCUACUGGAGAAAAGCAUCCAUCUAGAUCUCAGUCCGUUGCUUCAUCUGUCAACCGUGUCACAAAAUGUGUUCACUGAGUUUAAAACAGCCCUUUCACACGCUAUACCGAAGGUGAAGAACCUGGUUUCCUUGAACCUGUCCUCACCCAAUAAUAAAACCUCGUUACCUCAGAUGGAGAACAAGCAUUUACAGCUGAUUGGUCAGCAUUGUCCCAACCUGGAGGUUUUGAAUAUUUCUUACAACGCAGCUAUUACUGGAGAGGGAAUCCGGCAUUUAGGUCCUGGUAAGGAUAUUGAAGAGCAUCCCGGUUGCUCAAAUCUUCGCCGUCUUCUCAUAUUCGAUACGGGAAUAUUCGAGAAAGAUCUAGCUAAGUUGAUAGUAGAACUGCUUGAGCUGGAAUAUCUGGGAUACAAGGAGACAGGGAAGAUGAUUAGAACCAUACACAAGACCAGGCCGGAGAUAGUUCUUAACCUUACCCAUAUAGAUAACAGGGGAAGUAAAAUGAGAAGGAUCAUUGNUUCUAAUCCCAUCCACUGCGGUUUAAAGAGUGGUAUAUUCUAA